AUGGCUGAUUACUAAUUUUAAGAUAAUUGGAACGAUUUAUUCGCUUCCAUUAGUGGUUAUUCAUGGGCUUACUUAGGUAUUGGUUUAGCUCUUGGUACCUCCAUUGCAGGUGCUGCCUGGGGUAUUUUCAUUACUGGUGCUUCUCUUUUGGGUGCUUCAGUCAAGGCUCCAAGUAUUAGAUCUAAGAAUUUGAUCAGUAUCAUUUUCUGUGAAGCCGUUGCUAUUUAUGGUGUAAUUAUGGCCAUUAUUAUGUAAGGUAAAAUGGCCAAUUUUACAGGUGGUAUUCCUAAUGAUAAUUAAAUAUUCUUGAUCCAAUAUUCAGGCUAUGCUAUUUUCUGGACUGGUAUCUCUGUAGGUAUCUCUAACUUUGUUUGUGGUAUUUGUGUCGGUAUUACUGGUAGUGGUUGUGCUAUUUCUCAUGCUCAAUAAGCUGAAACCUUCGUUAAAAUUUUGGUUAUUGAAAUUUUUGGAAGCGCUCUCGGUCUUUUCGGUGUUAUUGUAGGUAUUAUCUAAUGUGGUGAUGUUUCUUUCCCUACAAAGUGA